AUGGGUCGACCAUCCAACUCUGACGUUCCUCUCGAGCCCAUCAACCAUGGCGAGCAACCUCAACUGUACAACCUGAUCGACUCCACCCCAGUCGAAGACUCGAUCCCAGGCGGCUGGGAAUGUACUCGGCAGGACAAAACUGGCAUCCGAACGCUAUAUCCAUCGUUCUCUAACAACCCACGUGCUCUCUAUAGCCUCCUUUCCACUCAACAUAAACUGCCGCCGCGGCAGUAUGUUGAAAUCAAAGGGCUGAAGGACAAAGGCAACGAUUCUAACGAGAAGGAAAUAGAUUUCAAUUUCAAGCUCGACUUGACAUCCACAUUGCUACGCCUUGGUGAGGAUGAUAGUGAGUGGCACGAACUGCACAUUGUUCGCGAUGGGGACGGCAAAAAGGCUUUUCGUGGUGGGCCUAUUCCAUCUCUUGAAUGGGAGCAGCCUCUAGGCCAAGGAAAUCGUUAUCAAGCUAUAGAUUUAGAGGGAAACGAAGAUUUGGAAGAUCAAACCCUCCUGGGCGCGGAGAUUGACGGCUCAAAUGAAGGGACUCCUAGCCUGAUGACCUGGUGCGAAAGAUUCUGUCACGAUCCUGCUAGAGUCAAAUCAUUUACCUUCACCCGAGAGCUUGAAGGACUCGACACCGAACCUCUACGUUCUGAGCUGAAGUCGUACCUCCGCUCAAUCAAUUACCGCGGCCACAUUCAAAUCACAGCCUCCACGCGGAAUACCUUCGUUACUGUCUAUUCUCCACAUUGGAUAAAUAGAUUGCGCAAUAACUCCUUCCUCUGGUGGUUUUGCGUCCUCACACAAUUAUGGAUUAUCACACUGAUCGUGAUCACCUUCCUUGAGCGACGCUACCGGGUUGUUCACUCGACUUGGAGGUCCUCUCGCGAGGUCAAAGAUACACUUGCACCGUCCGGUGUAAAGAAGAUUUAUGCCCAUGGACGCGAUGAGACUAAGCUGGCAGAUUUUUGGGCACCCGCCGUCAUGCAGGCAGCUUAUGACCAGCGAGAUGAGGGUGAAGUAUUGACAGAGGGAAGCAUACAGCAUCUCCAGCAGCGAGCACAGGAGCGCAUGGAGAAUCUUGCCUCAUUUCUACCCGAACGCAAUGUGACAGGUGACUCUACGGCUGAGAGCGAGCAGCCCGCCAGUCGUGGACUUAUAAAGCUGGGUGUGGGACCUCAAGGGUACACCUUCCACGCAGGAUGGGGUGGAAAUAGAAAUCCUACCAGCUCAUAG